GCCGAAGCUGCGGCUCGAUCUUUAUCCCCGUCGCUAUUUGCCCAGGAUGUUUGUCAAUCAACUGUACUUUGACAGUCGGUCAUGCCCUGUACUUUGUAAUCUCAGAACUAUAGGCUACUGUACGUGUCAGUGAUUUCUGAUUGGCUGAAGGGACCAGCUGUUAGUGGUUCAUUCACCAUUUUGUGACUGUAGUGGAAAAGGGACUCAGAUAGUUUUUCCCCCUCCUUUGAGUUGCCGUGAAAAAAAGACAUGUUUUACGGAUGAAAAAUAAAGUGAAAGCCCGGACAGACAGCAGCCAUGGACGGCAGUGUGACUACAUUCCUGUUCGUACUAGCUAUCUCAACUGCAAACAGCACCGUAAAUCUUUCCGUUGCCAACUGAAUCUGUCUGUUGGAGUUGGGAAGUGGAAAGGAGAGUGAACAGGAAGGAAAGAAAGAAGGCGGCAGCGAAAGUGAGGAAGGAGAAACUGGGCACGAGAGACGAUCAGAGAGAGCGUCGCAGAGCGCUGAAAAUCCCAUUUGAAAAUAAAGUAGACCUAACUCAUACUGAACGGGAAAGGAUGAAGUCAUUAAAAAAGCAAGGAGGACGCUCCCCUCCUUUGACUCGGGCGAAGGGAGUGAAGAGGCGGGGUGCAGCAGAAAUGAUGUCGGAGGGGGAAAGGAGAGACAGACAGCGGGAGAACGUUGAGGGGCUACCACAACCUGCUUCAGAGCUCCCUUCAUCCAGGAGACAAACUCCGCCCAGAACAGACAUAUCUCAGGAUGAGCCGGUUAGGUCUGGCGGGGCUCCGGAUGGGGACGUGCUGAGAGAGCCAGGGCGACUUGAGGACUGCGAGGAGGCAGAGGACGGCAGGGGUGGUUCCAGGACAGGAGGGCCACACCGAAGCAGCAACAGCAGCAGCAGCAGCAGCAGCACGACCAGCUCCGGCAACAGCCCCAACCCUCCCUCGAGCCGCAAAACGGCCACUUUCAAAGCCCGGGUGCCUAAGAAGAAGUACACCUAUGAGCACUGCACAGGCAACACCCCGACCCCCACGCAUAACAGUAACUAUAACAACAGUGGCAGCAGCAACAACAGCACUGGUAGCCAGUCGGCAGCCCCCAGUGCUGCUGCGAGCGAGGACAGUACGGACACGGAUGCCCACAGCCACAGCAGUGGCCAGAGUGAGGAAUGUGUCACCGGAGUUCCCAAUGACAGAGGAGAGGCCAGCCGGGGCCAAAGUAACCCCUGCACUGGGGCCUUGGCUCCAAAGGAGAAAGAGAGGGUGGCGGAUGGGGAAGGAGAAGGCGAUGGUGCCCCGAACUCGGUCCGCUCCUCCUCCACAGACACGGCCAGUGAGCACUCUGCCGAUCUGGAGGUCUUGGAAGCGCCCGCCGACCCCCGUCCCCAGGCCAGCCCUCCGAGAUCUUACCACAGCCCUCGCAGAAGCCCUUCUGCUUUACCUCCAAAACCCAAUCCCAGCCGCAGCCCCAGCCCUAGCCGUAGCCUUGUGCACAGGGAUGGAGGCCUGCCAGGAGGGCUGGAGGACGCCCUUGCCAAAGGCCUGAAGAACCAGCGAGUGCUGGCCCGAUGUCCACGGAGAGAGGGGGAGGGUAAGGGCCAGGAGGAUGGCAGGACGGAGGCCCAGGAGUUGGGGCCCCGCUCCCCAAUGUUCAGAGCGGGUGUAGUGCGGAGGGUGAGCGGGGAGCAGCGCAACAUUGGAGUCCAGCUUAACGGGGAGGACUUCCUGCGGCACUACCCGUUCCGAGGCGGGACCUCUCAGGGUGGAGUUGUGGACCUGAUACUGGAUGCAUCGCCACCUGGUUCUGCUCCUGUGGCUGUUGGGACUCGCGUAGUGGUGCCUUUCGGGGGCAGCAGUGAAAGUCAGGAAGGGGCACGGCAGCUGUACAGGGAGGGCGUGGUGUCCCAGGUGGACCCGCACCCUACUAUGCCCUAUUGUGUGCUGCUGUGCGAAGACACAGCGGUGCUAGAUGACAGGGAAGCUGAGGAGGAGGAGAGGCACAGGGCCAAAGCUCAGGCCAUGUGGGUGUCCCGGCAGAACCUACGUCUGCUCAUCAACCCGUGGGAGCUGCCCCAGCUUGAGGGUACCCACGAGAGGGAGCGAGAGCGUGAGCUGGAGGAAAGGGAGCGGUGGGUGGAGAUGGAGCUGGAGCGGGAGGUGAGCCAGCUGAGCAGCGGGAUGGCGCUGGGCGCGGUCACGGGGUCCCGGCUCAGCUGCGGAUUCCCGUCCGGUGCCGUGACGGGCCGGCACCAGGGUGUUGUGCCUCCUUCCUCCUCUGCUCCGAGCGUAGCCAUCGCGUCGAGCACUGUGCUGAGCUUGGCGGUGGACCGGGAAAGGGAGAGGGACAGAGACAGGGACAGAGACAGACAGAUGCAGAAGCAGACUCAGAAUUUGGAGGAGGACAUUGAAGUGUCUGGGUUCAGCAUGGCCCGGUUACAGGAAGAUGGGGUGGCUGCUGAGGCAGGGAGCAAGGCUGGGGGAGUGGUGCAGCAUCCCAGACACAUUCUCUCAAAACCGCCUGGCUUUCCUAGUGCCCAGUUAUCUAUAGUUCGUGGCAUCAGCACCCCUCUUUGCACCGCAGUUGGGCCUCAUCUUGCCCUUAACACCAUGGCGAGCCCCCAGCCACCUCCUUCGCCUGCACUGCUGGGCCCUGAAGUUGGGAUCGGACCUCCGCACCUGCCCCCUCUGCCAUCUUCCGCAAGCACCCGCAGCUCAUUGGUUCCUCUGGACAAGACUCCUACGCAGACCCCAACCCCAAACGCCAACACACCAGGGGGCGGCUCGGGGUCCACCUCCUCAUCCGCAUCUUCCUCACGGUCCCGCACCCCCCUCACUGCUGCCCAGCAGAAGUAUAAGAAGGGGGACGUGGUUUGCACGCCUAACGGCAUUCGCAAGAAGUUCAACGGCAAGCAGUGGCGGCGCCUGUGCUCCCGCGAAGGAUGCAUGAAGGAGUCGCAGCGACGCGGCUACUGCUCUCGUCACCUGUCCAUGAGAACCAAGGAGAUGGAGGGCGGAGGCGGGGCUGAUAGAGAGCGAGGGGGUAGCAGCUCAGGCACCGUGACGCCCUCUGACCUCCGCCUGGGCGGUGGCCGGGCCAGCAGUGAGUUUGACUGGGACGACACUUCGCGGGACAGCAGCGAGGCCAGCAGCCGAGGAGACUCUCGGCCACGCCUGGUGUUGCCCUCGCUGCUGCCACAGGACCUGUCGCGCUUUGACUUCGACGAAUGUGAGGCGGCCAACAUGCUUGUGUCCCUGAGCAGCUCCCGCUCUGGUACGCCCUCCUUCUCCCCCGUUUCCAUCCAGUCGCCUUUCUCCCCUGCCCCCUCGCCCUCGCCUUCCCCCCACUUCGUGUUCCGGCCCGCCAGCUUCAGCCCGAUCACCGCCUCUCCGGUGCUGCCGCCCCGCAGACCCCGUCACCAGAGCGGCACGGGGGGUAACACACCCAAGUUGGGUACGCCGGGAUCUGAGCGUGAGCGCGAGAGACACCCUUCAAGCAUUCCACCCUCCUUCCACACCAACCUCACCUUUACUGUUCCCAUGAGCCCCAGCAAGCGGAAGCCGGACGCCCCCUUGCCACCGCCUCCUCCGACCCAGGACUAUGCCAAACCCGACCUGGAGCAGGGUGAUCCUGGCCUGGGUCUCAACCCUGCGGCCUUCCGUGUGCUUUCGCCACAGACGCAAUCUCACAACCCUGCCUUCUCUCGACCCCGGGUCCUGACUACCCCCUCUAGCCGCCCCCCUUCUUCCACCACCACCUCUCCACCUCCAAUGCUGGUCUCUCCUACACCCCCCUCGCCCUUGCCCCCGGACUCCAGCCUUCGCCGUGUGGUGCCUGUGCCCCAGCAGCCGCUGCGUGAUUCGCCAGUUAUUGUACGCAACCCGGAGGUGCCGCUCACAAAGUUUACAGAGCGACCCCUGGGCCACGGGACUGGGGCUGCGGCCCGAUCCAAGGAGCACCACCAGACCCCCCAGGCGGUCUCCGGGCUCCAGGUGCCCGUGCCCAUCAAUGCGGCCGCUGCCACUAAUGGAACCGUCCUCCUUCGCAACUCCACCUCUGCUCUGGUGCUGGUGUCCUCUGCCCCGUCGUUGCCCCCCAUGUCCACGGGCCUUCCCGCUCAGGCCAGCCCCGCUCUGGCAUGUAUCUCAGUGGCAAGUCCCAACGCUGGACCCUCUCUCACCAACUCUGGCUCGGGGGGCAGAGAAAGAGGGGGACAUGGUGGCACGUUUGGAGGGCAGCUGCAGCAGCCAGUGCCCUGCCAUCCUUCUCCUACUGCUCUGCUGCCCCUCAUCCUGCCAGCGGAGUCCCUGCACCCUGCGCCCCGCAAGGACAUCAUCAUGGGCAGGCCUGGGACAGUGUGGACCAAUGUGGAGCCCAGGUCAGUGCCAGUUUUUCCUUGGCAUUCAUUGGUCCCUUUCCUGGCUCCCAGCCAAUCGGAUUCAUCAGCCCAGCCUGCUGAGGGCCAGCAACCUGUCAGCCAUCCCCAAGCAGCCAAUCAGAACAAAGAAUCACAGUGCAACACAGUGUUGGAGAAUGAUGUGAAUGUGGCACCUCCUGCCCAUGAGAGAGGUCCUCCGUCUCGACCGACACAGUCUGCAGAUGAUCCACCCUCAGACAGGGAGAGGGAAAAGGAGAGGGAAAGAGAGAGAGACAGGGAACCUGAUCGAGAGAGGGGUGACAGCGAGACAGAGAGUGAUGUGGAUGACCCGUUCCUUCCAGGUGUCCUUCAAGAACCACCUUUGUCUGUGUCCCCGGUGAAAAGGCGGACUCAAUCCCUCAGUGCCCUCCCUAAAGACAGUGAUAAAAACAGCCCUGGCAAGAGGGAGAAGGACCACAUUCGACGACCGAUGAACGCCUUCAUGAUUUUCAGCAAGCGACAUCGGGCGUUGGUACACCAGAGGCACCCCAACCAGGACAACCGCACGGUCAGCAAGAUCUUGGGGGAGUGGUGGUAUGCGUUGGGCCAAAAAGAGAAGCAGAAGUACCACGACCUUGCCUUUCAGGUGAAGGAGGCGCACUUUAAGGCGCACCCGGACUGGAAGUGGUGUAAUAAAGAUCGGAAGAAGUCCAGCUCUGAAGGUCGAGGAGUUCCUGGAGGCAAAGAUGUGCGAGAACGAAGCAUGUCUGAGACCACUGCAGAACCUCCAUCAGUCUCCCUGGGGGUGGACCUGAAGGGGGUCGGGCCUAGUUUGUCAGGUGUGGCUGAGCGGAAUGUGGGGGAGGGCCCUGUGGGACAGCUCACUCGUCCGCGAGCUUUCUCCCAGAGUGCUGUGCACAGCCUGGAAAGAAGUGAGAGGGGGAACACCCAGGCACUGGCUGAGCUGGCACAGAUGUGUGGGGAUGGAGGUGGACAGUUUUCAGGGCGCCCUCCACCCCUCUCUCGGUCUCAGCGCGGGGUAAGUGAGGACAUGACCAGUGACGAAGAGCGCAUGGUGAUUUGUGAGGAGGAAGGUGAUGAUGAUGUCAUUGAGGACUCAUUUACUAGCAGCUCCAUCGAUCUGAAGUGUAAAGAACGAGUGACGGACAGCGACAGUGAGAACGGCUCCGGGGACGAGGGUGACCGCAAGCGUGUCUUUGCUCCUGUGAUUUGCUCUUCAUCCUCGCCAUCAUCCUCGUUGUCUUCCUCCACGCUGGGAAGGAGUGCAUCCCUUUCCUCCUACCCCGCAAAGCGCUACAGUGAGGCCAGUGGCAGUAAUUCAGAGCGCAAGAGGAAGCGAGGGAUGGACGGUGGAGGGGGAGGUGCCGCUGGGGGCAGCGGAGGGCCGAAGGAGGGGAUAGGAGCUGGAGAAGGAGGCAUGGCCCACUCGCUGUCCUCGUCGUCCUCUGGCCAGUCGGUCAUAGCCAGCUCAGUCAGCAGUGCCCCGCCCCCUUCCUCUACAGCUUCCCUGGGCCUGUCUCCACUGCUGGGCAUGGGAACAGUAAGGAUGGCGUCGACCGUGGUGACCAAUGUUGUGCGGCCAGUGGUCAGCACGCCCGUCCCCAUCGCCAGCAAGCCCCGGGAGGGUGGAGCUGCCUCCAGCCCUCUGCCCUCAGACAGGAAGCCCGCCCCACCACAGCCACAGCAGGCCCAACUGCUGAUAGGAGCAGCAGCAGGAGGAGGAGGCGGGGCAGCAACAGGGGGUGGGUACUAUUCCUCAUCCUCCCCUAACCCCGUAGUCACUGGGACAUCGGGGGGCGGGCAAGGAGGACUGGUGACCAGUUUAGUAUUGGGAGGCACUUUCCCUGCCCAGCUCAUCACCCCACCACAGCCCUCACCUCACCCACUGCCUGCCCCUGCUCACGGCCAUAAUAACGGCCCCUUGCCCCUCUCCUUGCUUCAGCCCCAGUUUCUCCCUGCUUCUCCGCUGGUACCCUCAUGUGGGGGCAAAGCCAUCACGCAAGUGCAGUACAUUCUGCCCACCCUGCCUGCCAGCACCAAUCCCAAGAGCCCUUCCCCUCAGCAGCCAAAUCAGCAAACCAGUGUCUUCACCCUGCCCUCAGCCCCACCUGCAAAUGUCUCCUUGGCCAAUGGAAAGCAGUCAGGGACGGGGCCGGUGGCAGGAUAUGCUUCAAGCCCAGCAGUGGGAGUGGUCAGCCCUGGAGCCAGAGUGCAAACCCAGUCACCAGGCUUGCAGGGCAAGAUGUUGGUUCCAAUGGCAACCGUGAGAACAGCCCAAGCCUCAUCUCAACAGUUUCCUCUGGUGGCUCCCACACUUCCUGUACAAAACGGUGCUCAACCGGGAAGCAAGAUUAUUCAGAUUGCCCCCAUGCCUGUUGUUCAGUCCCAACUCCCAUCUGGAGGGGCAGUUCAUCCUGCUAGCCCUUUUCCUGUUUCCAUGGGGACGGCCACUGUGAUGGCUCCAGGCUCCGCCCCCUCACAGACUGUACUGCUGCCACCCCCUCCUACAAGGAUCACCUAUGUUCAGUCCACUCCAGGGGUCCCAGCCCCGUUGCCUUUGGUACCUACAACUACUGGAUCCUCCCCACAGCAAGCCCCUCCCCCUGCUGGCUCCACCUACGUACCUCCACCCCUGGCAACUCUGGGGUUCACUGCCAUCGCACCCCCUGGGCAAACUUUGGUACAGCCCCUUAUUGCAGGUCAACCUCCAUUGCUGACUCCUGCUCAGUCACCUAGCUGUCCCCCACUGCCAUCUUUAUCUGCCCCUGCUACUGGAGGUGGAGGGCAAAUCGUUACUGCCAUUUACCCUCCCCCUAGUGUCACUGUAGCUGCAGUGCCCCCCAAUGUGAUGUAUACAGUUUCCAGCCCCUCUACCCUUUCCUCACACAUCCUGCCAAAACACACGCUGGCUCCGCAAACACAAACGCAGAUGCAGCUGCCGGGCCAGCCGGAGAGGCAGACGCACACCCAGCACCAUGCAGACAGGCAGUCCCUUUCCCAGGCACACGCGCAGACCGACCGGCAUGCCGAGGUGCAGACGUUCUCGCAGACGGACAGACAGGCAGAGAGACAGUCCCACUCUCAGCCCUCUAGUAAGCCAAGUAGCAGCUUAAUUACGACCUCGACCGGACCAGGCACAUCCCUCCGGGCUAGCAGCCCUUCCACGUCCUCGCAUACUGCAGGCAGUGCUCCAGGAACCCCCAAGUUACCCCCUGGACAGGCGAGGACUCAGAAAGUGAAGGCUGCGGUUGCCAGUAUCCCUGUGGGAAGCUAUGAAGGAGGAGGGCGAGGGAAGGAGAGGGAGAAGGAGAGAGAGAGGGAGCGUGAGAAGGAAAGCACUAGUGGUGGCCCCAGCAGCCGUUUUUCCUUAGAGACGGAGCGCACUGGGGACAGCAGCUCUCCCAUGCCCCACGUUGCUGACGAGGGACCUUCUGAUGGGCCUUCGGACGGCCACAGCACCGGCGACAGCUCCUCGGGGCGUAGCAAGGAAGGAGGCCAGAAGGAGACGGGAUGGCGGGAUUCCCUCCCCUCUUCUCCCUUGCCACCUUCCUCGGGGUCAGACCCUGCGCUGCCGCCUCCGCAGAGUGACAAGGAUGCCCCUCCCCUCAAGAAAGUUAAGGCCCGCCCACCACCUUUAAAGAGAACCUUCGACUCUGUGGACAAAGUUCUCUCAGAAGUUUACUUUGAGGAGCGCUUUGCGGAGCUGCCCGAAUUUCGCCCCGAGGAGGUGCUUCCCUCUCCGACGCUGCAAAGCCUGGCCACGUCUCCUCGAGCUAUCCUGGGAAGUUACCGCAGGAAGAGGAAGAACUCCACAGAUUUGGACUCGUCCACUGAGGAUCCUGUCUCCCCAAAGAGGAAGAGCCGGCGCCGCUCCAGCUGCAGCUCUGAGCCCAACACUCCCAAGAGUGCAGCCAAAUGCGAGGGUGAUAUUUUUACCUUUGACCGACCAGGUACUGAGGGAGAGGACAUCUUGGGCGAACUUGAGUUUGACAAGGUGCCAUACUCCUCCUUGCGUCGAACCUUGGACCAGCGGCGUGCUCUUGUCAUGCAGCUCUUUCAAGAGCAUGGUUUCUUCCCCUCAGCCCAGGCCACUGCCGCGUUCCAGACGCGCUACUCGGAUAUCUUCCCCACCAAGGUGUGUCUGCAACUCAAGAUCCGUGAGGUGCGACAGAAGAUCAUGCAGACCGCCGCACCUUCUGAAUCUGGGGGAUCUGUGGCUGGUCCUGGUGUCGCGGACUCCGCCUCCCUUGCGGGACCUUCCGGUUCCCAACCUGGAGAAGGAGGGGCUGCGACGGAGGUGGCCGAGAAGGAGGCGGAACGACAGCACAGCCCCGCGGAGCAACGUAGCAGCAACGAUUCGCAGGACUCCUCCAGAUGAGAGCCGUGCCAGAGACGAGAAAAACUGAUGGAUGUCCAAAAUGCCCCGCCCCCUUCCAUUUACGCCCCAGUCUUAGUCUCCGUCGGGAUUGCUCUCACUGGUCAGAGACCAAUUCUAAAAGCAAGGGGAAAGGCUUGCCUUGGAAGGAAAGAUAAAAACAGAAAUGGGUAGGGUACGUGUGUUUGUGUGUAUAUAACAACACUGUCACUCACUGCUGACUGAAAUGCAAGGAGGCACAGAGAACUUGAAUUAGCAUAUCUUCUAGCGUAGUUGCAAUUCUUCCACUGAUGAGGACAGGCUACUGGACAGUGCUGUCCACCAUUUGGACAUUGCAAUAUGGCCCGAUCUGUGUAACUACUCUAGAGUAGUCUUUGGCACAAGCUGAACUUGCCAGUGUGGGCUUUUUUUAUUU